AUGUAUACUGAUACUGAUUCGUUGGUAUACCAUAUUAAAACUGAAGAUUUUUACAAAGACUUGAUUCAGAAUCCCAACUUGAUGGAUAGAUUAGACACGGCGGACUUGCCUCUUAUCCAUCUGUGCUACACUACAGCUAGGAAGAAGGUGCCCGGGUUUUUCUCUGAUGAAGCAAAAGGACAUAUAAUGACAGAGUUUUGUGCACUACGUGCAAAAUCAUACGCGUACAACAUAUAUACAGGAGAAGAGGAUGUGGUGAGAGAGCAGAUCAAGGCGAAGGGUGUAAGACAGCAUGUGGUUAAAAAUCAUAUGACGUUGGAGGAUCAUGUUAAGUGUUUGUUCGGAGAUGAAAGUCUUGAUAAAUAUACAGAAAAUGUCUCCAUACGCUCCUUUAAACACCAGCUAAUGACAAUCAAAACAAAUAAAUUGACAUACAACAACUACGAUGACAAAAGACUGGUGCUAGACGAUAAAAUACAUACACUGGCUCACGGUCAUUAUAGUUUAGAGGAUGAUAACGAGCAGAUUGUUGAUUGGCCAGAUCAUGAGUUUACUGUAGACGUUGCUGGGCGUGAGUGGGAGGAAUCGGAUAUAGAUUUAAUGAAAUUACUUCUAAGGGAAUGCAUGUCCAAAUAA